AAAGAACCGAGUAAGGCCGUGUGGGGAAGCCCUCUCCAGGUGUCUCCAGCUCGGCAGCACCUGGCACUCUGUUCCGCCGAGUAUAUGAAGAGGGACGCCCCGACCAGUGCCACACUUCGACAUGGAGCGACGCACCCUGCUGAUUGUCCUGCUAGUGUGCUGCAUCCUUCUCGCAGCCACCACCAAGGCUGUACCAAGAGGCGGAGGCGGUGGUCGCUCUGGCGGUAGUUUUGGCUCUGGCAGUCGUUCUAGCUCUGGCAGUCGUUCUAGCUCUGGCAGUCGUUCUAGAUCUUUCAGUCGUUCUCGGCAUGGCAGCCGCUUCAGUUCUUCUAGUGAUUUCUUCGGUUUCAAUGAUAAAACGACCACCAGCCGUCCUUGGUACUACAAUAUUAUUGGAGGACAAGGUUGAUUGUCAUUCUGCUAAAACUCCUGCAUGCCCCGCGGAUAACCAGACAGGAGCCUCGCCCAGCCCGAUAGGCGGUCCUUCCAUCAACACGGACCUCUCGCUAUUUUGGAAAAAUUUGAACGCUACAUUGUUUUCAUUGCGUAAUCCAUAAAACAUUUUUUUUCUUUCCAUUCACUGCUAAAUAAAAGCAUAGCACAC